GAGAAGAAGAAGGAGGAGGCGGAGACGACCGCUAGAGGGCGUAUUUCUCGGGGGCGGAAGUUGCUUAUGCUGGCGGUAAAUACGAUUAAAAGAAGGCGUAGCUAAAGCAACACAUAGUUGUUGUGAUGUUGUCGUGUCCAGAUUCAUCAGUGGGUAAAGGAGACAGUCUGCAUCAGCAAGUUUUGUCUGCGUUCCCGCUGUGCCAUCUGACCGAGGAUGAUCUGAUCCAGAACCCUCUGUUCUGCAAGCUCCUGGCCACGCUGUCUCAGCAUGUGGAUCGCACCGGACUGACAUUACCCUUGAGAAAAGAGCUGGAAAAGGCAGAGAAGGAGCUCCGGUCACAGAAGUUGGGAUGGCUCCGUUUGGAAAGCAUGCACAGAAUCCUGCAAGAGAUGGUGCAGGAACAUCGCUUCAGGCAGCACCACUCCACUGCAGCACCAGCUGAGGACACGUUCUACGUCACUCUGGAGCGGUGUUUGCUGGUGGCUCGGUCUGUCCAGCAGCUGGACCCGAGCGGCACCGUCGGCCAGGAUCAACCCCGCAUCCUGGGGCUCUCUGCUGAGAAAGUGCUGAGUCAGCUGCCUCCACAGCAGGAUGUGUGGCAAAUGAAACAGAGGCUACCAACAGAGCUGCAGAAGCACCUGAAGAAGAAACUCUUUAACCUCCUCUCCUACUACCAGCCCGAGUGGGAGAAUGAAAGCGAGGGUCUCAGGUGUGUGAAACUGUCGAAGCUGCCAGGACUGCUGGAGAGCGAGCGCAGCAGAGCAGAGAGUCUGGCUGAGAAGAACCAAGAGAACGCCACCCUGCUGCAGCGCCAAACGCACUCCUAUCUCUCUGAACUGCUGGAAUGCAUGCAGCUCCUGCAGACUCUUGUCCUCGACCUUCGACUCAAAGUGCAGAAAGAACUGGACAGGAAGAAGAUUGAAUACUUUGAGGCCAAAUGUGAGAUUGGAAUUCAAAAGAUCAGGGCAGAGAUGCUUGAGGUGCAGCUCGACUCUUACACACGAGACAAGAUAGCAGCGCAUCAGAAAAUCACGGAGAAGCUCGCUGCUGAGCUGAAGGCGUGCCAGGUGGAGAAACAGUCGCUGGAGUCCAGACUGGCGUCCUUUGAGAUCUACGGCAGGGAGUUUGAAGUCCUGGCGGAAGAAUAUUCCAGACUGCGGCAGGAGGUCGCAACAAAAUCCUGGGCACUGAAAGAAUUUACAACAUAAACCAUCACUGCAAGCACACACAACCAGUACGAGUCAGACCUGAUGUUCAGAAGAGCCACACUUCAUCAAUAAAGAUGCACAGUUCUUACUUUGCUUGUGACUGUCUUUUCCAGGUACAUAACCAUUUACAGCAUAAGUGUUAUUAAUUUUGAGUGUUCACUUAUACCAUAAUAGCUCAAGUCAUUAUUAGGAUGCCCUUUGGGGCAUAUUUUUUUAGAAUAUCAGUAAAUCUGAUUAAACUUUCUUCCAUUCCGUGCUGCGUUCAGAAGUAGAUUAGGUGGGUGAUCUAUAUAUAGAUGGGUUUAUAGAGCAAUAACAGCAUUGAAUUUCUUCCACCAAACCAACAUUUUCCAGGAUUUUUUACUGAGCUAACAACAUUAAAAAAUUUUCUCACUUUA